UUUUGGUCCCUUGACUGGUGCAAUCUACCUCCCAUCUCUUGUACUUUUCGAGGACAUCUUCAAAGCUUCGGCAACAGCAGUCAAUGCGACAGUAUCGAUGUACAUGGUUGUGUUCGCCAUUGCGGUAUGUAACCGUGUGCGAAGUCUGAGUAGCUAUCACUGACACAUCUCAGCCACUUUUUGGUGCGGUUGCCUCUGACGUUGGAGGUCGUAAGCUCGUGUACAUGGUCGGUCUUGGAAGCUUCCUCGUCUCAAACAUUCUGCUAGCAACGCUCCCUGCGCACAUCGCUCUCCUCUUCAUCCUCCGAAUAUUCCAAGCCUUCGGUUCGUGCAUCGUCUUCUCUGUCGGAGCGGGUACGGUUGCAGAUAUAACAGAACCCGCAAAGCGCGCAUCUGCUUUGGCUUGGUUUCUCAUGGGACCCCAGCUUGGACCGGUCUUUGGUCCUCUUAUCGGCGGUGCUUUCGCAGAUGCAUCACGUUGGAGAUGGGUAUUUGGCUUUCUCGCCUUGACCUGUCUUCCUGUAUACUGCGCCAUCGUCUUUUGCAUGCCUGAGACCCUGCGGUCUCUGGUCGGUAAUGGUGCCGCUGUUGCUCACCAGCCCUGGUUCUCAAUACCCAAGCUCCGGACACAGCUUUCCACAGAUAUCAAAGGCCCAAAGAUUCCCCGUCCGUCGUUCCGCAAAUUCAUGCAGCUCCUGAAGUACCCUCCGCAUCUCAUUGUCUCUUUCAAUGGUGCUUUCCAGUUCGCUGGACUGUACGGGAUGUACAUCUCCUUCCCGACCGUUCUGAAAGACACAUACAACUGGUCGACCGCCGAAGUGAGUUACGCAUACCUCGCACCAGGAAUCUCCAUGUUCAUUGCUUCCAUUAUUGUCGGUCGUGGCAGUGACUGGCUGCGCAGAAAAGCUAUUGCGAAGAGCCCUGACGGCAAGGUUGCACCGGAAAAGCGAAUCGCCUACCAAAUAGUUGGCUUUUCCAUCGCGGCCGCAGGAAAAUUCAUGUAUGGAUGGUGUUGCCAAAACCGCGUAAACCCAGCUGCCGGCCUGAUCGGUUCAGCACUUUCAUCUGUGGGGACUUCGAUCGUCUUUGUCACCAGCACAUCUUUCCAGACAGAGUGCGAUCCAGCUCAGACCGCUAGUUUGGUUGCAUUGGGAGGUCUCCUUCGAAACGUCGCUGCAGCCAUCGCUGCCGUCGUCAUGGAUGGCUUACUCGACAAAGCCGGUGUUGGAUGGACCUUCAGCAUCUUCGGAGUGAUGGAUCUUCUCUGCAUUCCAGGCAUUUUGUUGAUCAUCUUCAAGGGUGCGGAAAUGCGUGCAGCAUUGAAAGCGCAAGGCUAAGUGUAGCGACACGAGGCUCCAUGUACAUAAUAUCGUUACGGUUUGGUAUUUUGCAUAGCGCGGCGUUGGUCAUCAUAAGCAUUCGCAUCAUCGGUGCAUUUCAUGGGCGACAAAUUAAUAAAUAAUGAAAGAAUGUCUGCUAAUGAAGAAACGUGCGAUGUGAGUUUGGUCG